AUGACGCAGUCGGUGGUGGUGCAGGCUCUGUCGCUCCUCUUUGCAGUGGGUCAGUGCGGGAAUCAGGUGGGCUGCCGCUUCUGGGACCUGGCGUUGCGGGAGCAUGCGGCUGUCAACAAGAAAGGAAUUUAUGACGAAGCACUCAGCAGUUUCUUUAGGAAUGUAGAUACAAGAAGUGCUGGUGAUGGUCCGGAUAUUUACAAAGGAAAAAUCUGUUCUUUAAAAGCACGAGCACUGUUGAUUGACAUGGAGGAGGGUGUGGUGAAUGAGAUUCUGCAGGGACCAUUGAGAGAUGUGUUUGAUAGUAAGCAGCUUAUCACAGAUGUUUCUGGCUCAGGAAACAACUGGGCUGUAGGUUACAAGGUGUAUGGCUGUCAGUACCGGGAAAACAUUGUGGAAAAGCUGAGGAAAACUGCAGAACAUUGUGACUGUCUCCAGUGUUUUUUUAUAAUUCAUUCUAUGGGAGGUGGGACAGGAUCCGGUCUUGGAACUUUUGUGCUAAAUUUGCUUGAGGAUGAAUUCCCAGAAGUGUAUAGAUUUGUUACUUCUGUUUAUCCCUCCGGUGAAGAUGAUGUUAUUACUUUUCCAUAUAACAGUGUUCUGGCUAUGAAGGAGCUUAAUGAACAUGCAGACUGUGUGCUACCAAUAGAGAAUGAAUCUUUGUUUGAUAUAGUUAAUAAAAUUCAUCAGAUGGUCAAUUCUGGGAAGCUGGGGUCAACUGUGAAGCCAAACAGCUUGGUAACAUCGAGUGCAGGCACUGCAAAAACUGUGCAGGAGAAGCCGUUUGAUGCAAUGAACAAUAUCGUAGCCAACUUGCUGCUGAACCUGACAAGCUCUGCUAGGUUUGAAGGUUCCCUCAACAUGGAUCUUAAUGAAAUCAGUAUGAAUUUGGUUCCAUUUACUUGACUUCAUUAGGGGCUUUCAAGCUUGAUUCUGCUGUAUACACUGGCUGAUGUUAAUAUACCUCCUAGAAGGUUGGAUCAAAUGUUUUCAGAUGCUUUUAGUAGAGAUCAUCAAUUAAUUCGAUCAGAUCCAAAGCAUAGCCUCUACCUUGCUUGUGCACUUCUUGUUCGAGGAAAUGUGCAGGUCUCAGACCUUCGCAGAAACAUUGAAAGGUUGAAGCCUUCCCUGCACUUUGUCUCAUGGAAUCAGGAGGGCUGGAAAACUAGUUUGUGUUCAGUUCCUCCUGUGGGCCAUUCCCAUUCCCUUUUAGCUUUAGCAAACAACACCUGUGUGAAACCAACUUUCAUGGAACUCAAAGACAGAUUCAUGAAGCUCUACAAGAAAAAGGCUCAUCUUCACCAUUAUCUGCAAGUAGACGGGAUGGAGCAAGGUUGUUUUUCUGAAGCCAUAUCAUCCUUGUCUGACCUAAUAGAAGAGUAUAACGAACUGGAUGCCACAAAAGGUGGGCUUAGGACAGACCCAUCAAGACUGAAGAUAGCUGUGUAAAGAACAACUGUGAUAAAACAAAAAAAAACCAACAAAAAUCCCCAAGCAUCCAACUGCUUCCGUUAACCCAAAUGAAUUGCAGAGUGCUGCCUAUCGUCAUUCUCAAGUCAGACUGGGACAACUGCUUCCUCAGCUCUCUGAGAAGUGUCACGUAAAGUGACAGGCCCAGCCUGCAGGAAAGAUCUGAAAGCACCUAAUUAUGGCAAAUAUCAGUAACACUCUUCCAAACUGUAGAGUAAAUUGACAUACCAUACGCUGCAAAGAGAAGAAAGAGAAGUUGUAGCAGCCAAAAGGUAGAGCUUUUCCCAGACUCUGAGCUUACAGUGAACUAAGAGCAAGCCUUGAUUCAAAGAAGAAUUGCUAUUGCUUGGUUUUUUUCCUUUAGUUGUUUUAAAAAGCAGCGAUGAAGAGAAGAAAAGCUGCCGUACUCUUCAAAGAUGAAAGCAAUCCUCUAAUGGAACUUGUUUCUUAAACUUUGCAGGCGAACAGUCAUUUUGGAAUGCUCUAAGCUAUGUUGAUAAUUGAAAAUGUUUUCACUUCAUUGUUACACCCAGCUAUACUAGAGUAUUCUGAGCCGGUACUAAGGUUUCAGGGAAUUUACCAAAAUGCAUUUUCUUUGAAGUUUCAUAUUUGGAGUAUUAAUUAACAUUAUAUUUAUUGAUUCAUGUUUAUAAGUGGUGAAUUGCACUUGAUAAUGAGAUGAUACAGCAUACCUCUGAUUAAAAAACACACAGUAAAGGCUGGCAAAUAAAAGUUUCUACAUUUAAAAAAUGCAAGUAAAAUAGAUGUUUUAAUAUUUAUAAUUACCAAGGUAAGUAGAUUGUUAUAUUACAUCAUAUUAAGAACUUUUGCAGAACGUACUGCUAUUUCAUGUUUACUUUCCAACCUUAACCAUCUUAGAACACAAAGGCUGGUGAACUGUUAAAAAUCAGAGUGGGCCAAUGCAGUGAUCUAGAGCUUGAAAUCCUUCUAGCAGAGGUUGAGUGGGUUUAUAAGUAGGCACAAUUCUCAUUGCAUGAGUCCAGAAAUAGUCAAUAAAACCUUGUAAUAACAUUUGUUGAGAGUUUUUGAGCAUUCCAAAUAGUCAUUUCCUUCAGAUGUUGUAGUUCUUUUAUCUGUAGAUGUCUUCUGAUGUCUUCCUUUACCAAGGACAUUGUUUAUAUUCACAGCAGCAGAGAAAGAUUUAUCUGCUGUAAAGAGCAUUUUGGUCUUACGGUUAAUUUAUCCUGUUUACAGCAGCAUUCAUGCAUUUUGUCUUUGAAGAUACAUGGCAGAAAUCAUUAGUUUGAUACUCAAGAAGAAUAGAUGAUAUUACAGGGUAAUGUGGCUUUGGCUUUGUUUUGUUUUUUGUUUGUUUGCUCUUGUAUAGAUUAGUCAGAGCAUCUAUGUAUCUAGAUGUAUUUGUCUUGUUGGACAAGGUGUUACAGUAGGUUACCAAGCAGUCUCACUGUGCUUUCUUGAAUAUUGAAAGUUCUCCUUUUGACAGUAGUGUUAUAUAUGUAAUUCUUAAGAAUGUAUUUCCACACACAGAAACAGUUAAUUUUAAAUGGAUAUCUUCUUACUUGGAUUUUUCAGAUGUGCUUUUUUUUUAAAUCAAUAUUGACAUUUAUAGUUUCACUACAGACAUUGCUAUUGUGGCAGGUAAUGCUGAUUCUUCAGGGUGUAAAUGUGCUGUCACCCUUGCAGCAUAUUACAGUCAGUGGUGUAGUUCAUAAAAUUUUGAGUUCAGAAAAUAUAUCUCCUGGAUCACUGCAGAUCCUCUGGCAUACACAAGAUGUUAUCCACAUCAUCUUCCACUUAAAGAAGCCUUCAUUGGGACACUCAAACUGGAGAGUGAUCAUUUUGGACUUAUUGGGUACACAGCACCUCUUGUCUAUACAUACCCCACAGAAAGUUAACUUGUAGCUUUGUGUAGUUGAACACCCAGAGAAGACUAGUUUCUCUGCUCUAGGAAGCUGGAAUGUUGGUUGGCAUGUUUUUCCUUUUGGAAUCUGUAAAACAACAACAAAACGUAUGUUUAUACACAUAGAAAACAGAACAUAUAAAAAAUAACAAACAAAUGUGUGAUGUUUACAUAGGAAUAUGUUAAAAAUUACGCCCACUAAAAGCUGUCUUAUUUUUCUUUCAGACAACAAGUAAAAAUAUUUUGGUUA